AUGGGCCUCCUUCCAUUCCUAAAUAACUGGUACAAAAAGGAGCUUUACUUCGGCGACGGGACAAAGUUAACAAUUUGGGGUAAGACGACCCUGUUCCUCCUGUUGACCAAAUUCCCUGUACCAUUGUGUUCUGCUAGUGAAGCUUACUUCGGAAGUGGGACAAAACUGGUCGUGUUCGGUAAGAAUGACAAAAUUAGCAAUGCCAAAGUUUCUAUCUUUGAACCCUCCCCUGAAGAAAUUAAGAAGGGGAAAGCGACUGUGGUUUGCCUUGUAACUGAUUUCUACCCCGACAACAUCGAGAUCGAGUGGUUCGUCGAUGACAUGGUGAAGAAGGCCAACGACCCAAGCAUUCAGACCGACCUCAAUUCCAUCUCAAGUGAAGGGAACAAAUCCUUCAGCAUCAGCAGUCGCCUGAGGCUCGAUGCCCAAGAUUGGAUCUGGGUUAAGACAAUUAAGUGCGCAGUGAAGCAUUAUAUUGGAGCAUCGGAUGUUCGUGAAUCUAAUUACACGCUACACAUCAAAGCUGUAACCUGCGGUGUAAGUAAAGAGAACAGGAAUUCCAAAGUGUACUUAUAUUUACUUCACAGAAGCAAAAAUGCAAAGCAUGGGAGCAGCAAAAUUGACGUACCUGAUCCUGAUCUGCAAAAGCAUCUUUUAUGGAAUAUUCAUCUCAAUACUUGCUUGGAAAACUAAGACAUCUUACAGCAAAAGGUUUGACUGACCAUCACAAGCCACAAGCGUUGAACGGAUAAUCGGUGGAAAACACGAGAGCAGGAGAAGAGAAAAUAUGAAUACUGUGAAUAUCUAGGGGGUGAAUUUUGCCUGAUCAACUCCCGCCACACCGGUGUAAAGACAGGCGCACCGUUGCUGCGGGAAAUUAAUGGAUGAAAUGUACACUCUGUUAUCGCUUUUCGGCUGGAAUAAAUCCGUUCAUAAUCUUGAGAUUUUUUAUGAAUUCCUGGUGCCUGAACAGGUUAAGCUUUGAGGAAUUCGCAACAUUUUUUCUAGAUUAUGUGCAUAUUCAUUGUUAUUUUGUGUCCUUUGAAACUUUAUGAAGAAUUAUAGGAUCUCUGAGCACAAAAGGAAGCCAUUUGGCCCAUUGCGAAAAUUCUUGCUGUUUGAAAAAAAGUCAGCCAUUCGUUCCACUUAAUUCCAAGGCGAACAAUUACAGCUGCUCUAAUCUCCCCAUGAAACAAAAUCCCUUUCGCCAGUCUAGUAAAGCUGUACAUAUUACUGAGUAGCAGAAAGCACGCUAUAACUCAAAUCCAGUUUGGUGCACAUAUCAACGUAUUUCAAUCUUGUAUAUUAAUGCAAAACUCUUAUUGUUAGUUUUAGAAUUCACUUCAGAUAUUGUGGAAGGAGGCAGGGCUCGCACUUGUCCAUUAUUUGUCAUGGGCUUCUCAGUGCUUCCUGUAUUGACAAGUGACUUGUUUUUUUUUUACAUUUCUUGCUACUUGUUCACUGUUUAAAAAAUAAAUAGAAUAUUUCUAUAAA